CUCAGUUGUUCGAAUCGCGUGGUUGAUGGUGGAUUCGUCCGGCUUCGGUUUUCGCCGGGUCCGUUAAAGCUGCGAAUUUACGAGUUUGAAGCACGUGUGAGAAGAGUCGUACGGUCGACCUCAAACUUACUAUUCUCCCAAAGAAGAGACUAUGCAAAUAUAUGCAGCAUAAAUUAAAUCGAUUUUCAUAAGUCCGCACAAGAUUCAGACUAAAGUCGAAAUAUUACGCAUAUUACAAUAAUUGCUGUACUGCCCACCACACUCGCACACAAACACCCCGGAGUGCUUUGUUUGUGUGCUCUGGCGACAUCUGUUUUCAGGAGUGUGUGUGCGAAUCCAAUUUCCGCCGUACCCGGCUUUCAGCAGCGUUUAUCCGCUGCGCCGGGGUGGCCCAGAUUUUAAUUGCGUCGCCAUCCCCAUCGCGUUCUUCCCUCAAGUUCAGGGCCGGGACGGGAAACCACUGCAAACGGAAAAUAAAUCAGUGAAUGGCUAAAGCAUGGUGGGCCAGGACUACACAGCGCUCGCUGGCUGCUUCGCAUUGGCUUUUGUUCUGUACCUAAACACAUUUAACGCUGGAUUUGUCUACGAUGACAGGCGUGCCAUCUUGGCCAACGGCGACGUGACAGGAGCGCGAACAUUGGCGGGGAUUUGGAGGAAUGAUUAUUGGGGCACUCCACUGGCGGACAGUGGCUCCCACGGCUCCUGGCGCCCGCUGUGUGUGCUCAGCUUCCGUCUCAACUUCCUGGCGGGUGGGCUGGCGGCCACUGGCUACCACGUAACCAACGUGCUGCUCCACUGCCUGGCAACGUGGCUGGUGGUGCUCGUGGGCCGUACCCUGCUCCCAAGCCGUGCCGGAGUCCUGGCCGCGGGCGCCCUCUUCGCCGCACAUCCCGCACACACGGAGGCUGUUGCCGGCCUGGUCGGUCGUGCCGAUCUGGCGGCUUGCGUCUGCUAUCUGCUCACGUACCUGACCUAUCAGCGGCACAUGCGGAGCCGGGAGUGGAGCUCCCUGACGCUCACCCUGCUGCUCGCUCUGGCCGCGCUGCUCUGCAAGGAGACGGCCAUCACGGCCGUGCUGCUCUGCGGACUUUGCGACGUGCUGCGUGGCCUGGAACACGCCGAUAAGGUGAGUGUCUUACUCUUAUCAACAUUACUGCUUUCCAGGAUGCUUAUUUAUCAUCUCCCUUCAAUCUCCUUUCAGUACCGCCUUCGCUCGCUGUGCAUUCUAAGCGUCUUCCUAUUUUGUUCGCUUUACUGCCGUUUGAGCCUGCUGCCCCGACCUGCCACACCCUUUGCGGCCGCCGAUAAUCCGACGGCCCACGAGGCGUGCUGGUGGACACGGACUCUGACUUUCCUGUACCUGCCAGCGGCGAACUUCCGGCUGCUGCUGUGGCCGCAGGUUCUCAGCUUCGACUGGGGCAUGGAGGCCGUGCCGCGGAUCAGAACGCUGUGGGCGGCGCGGAACCUGCUGAGUGUCGCAUUUUACGGCUCUCUGCUGGCCGUGGUCUGGCGGGGCGCCCGUUUUCGCUCGUGCUCCCCCGUGGACUAUGCGGCUGUGGCAAAUAUUUCGCUGCCGCUGCUGAGGCGCAUUGGAAGCAACAGCUGCCACACCUGGCUGGGCCUGGCCUGCAACUGCCACCAUCAACUGGCGCAGCAAUCCCGAUCCGUGCAAAGUCCGCAGUCGACUGGAGGCACUGCAGGCAGCAGUUCCUCCUCGUCGGUGCCUCUGAUGGGUGUGGCCUUCCUGGUGCUACCCUUCCUGCCAGCCAGCAAUUUGCUUUUCCACGUGGGAUUCGUGCUGGCCGAGCGCCUGCUUUACCUUCCCAGCGUGGGCUACUGCCUGCUCUUCGGCUAUGGCUUCGGCAAGCUGUGGCACCGCUCCAAGGGCUCCUCUAGGACGCUGCUCCUCUGCUGCCUGGCCGUGCUGCUGGCCGCCUUCAGCCUACGCACCGUGCGCCGCAACCUGGACUGGCGGGACGAGGAGCAGCUCUACCGAAGCGCCAUUCCCGUGAACCCACCCAAGGCUCUGGGCAAUCUGGGCAGCGUCCUGAGUGCCCACGGACGCUAUGAGGAGGCGAAAGUGGCUCUGAGGGCGGCCAUCGCACAUCGGCCCCACAUGGCGGAUGCGCACUUUAAUCUGGGCGUUGUGCAUCAGAAACAGCUCAACUUCAGCUCGGCUGUCUCCAGCUACCGGCGGGCCAUUGGACUGCGGCCACAGCUGGCCGUUGCAUUCCUGAACCUGGGCACAUCCCUGCUGUCCCUGAACAGUCAGCAUGCGGAAGCCGUCUCCGUCUUCCGGUCUGGAGCGCGACUUGAGGGGCAUGGAGUGCGAGAUCGCGUGGCCCAUGAAGAUGCACGCUAUGCCUGCUACCUGCAACUCAGUUCCCUGCUGCGCUCUAGGAACAGACUACAAGAAUCAGCGGCAAUGCUGACGGAAGCGCUGGACGCGCUCUCUCAGCCACGACAGGACCAGCGAGCGACGCUACAUUUUCGCUUGGGCGAGAUCUAUGCGGAGUUGCAACAUUGGGAGGAGGCUGAGCGGCACCAGCGAUUGGCCAUGCAGCUGCAACCACAGCACGGUGCUGCCUAUGUGACCUUUGGCCAGACGCUGGCUAGGAAUAACAGUCGCCAUGCAGAGGCGGAGCUCUGGUUCAAGCGGGCCCUACAGACAGCACCCUUGGAGCCCAGCUCCCAUCAUUACUAUGCUGAUUUCCUGGAGCAGCAAGAUCGUUACCAGGAGGCACUCAGCCUCCGUCUGAGGGCUGCCGCUUUGGCGCCCAAGGACUAUGCCCUGUCUUCCGCCGUGGCCGAUGCACUGCGCCUGCUGAACCGCUUGAUCGAGGCGGAGCUGUGGUACCGCAAAGCGGUCAGCCUCCAGCCGCUGGCAGCCCACGCGCACGCCAAUCUGGGUGCCAUUCUGCAGAUGCGCGGCUUAAGGCACGAAGCUGUCAAUAGCUAUCGCAGGGCCCUGGAACUGCAGCCAGGACAUGCCACCAGUCGGGCCAAUCUGGCGAGAAUGAAGUCGGGCAUGGACACCAACACGUAGCACUGGCCUCCAGGCAGGUCAGGGCAGAGCUUUACUUGUUGAGAUUAGCAGCAAAUAUUUGUAGAUAGCAAUUGAAGGAACUGAACUUGAGAUUAAUGAAGGGACUGCUGGGAGUCCAAUAUAUUUUUGAAAUAAAUGCUUGA